CAAAACGGGCGGAGCACCUCACCGUAAUUACUAACCCGAGCACAGCACACAAAGUCCCGGCGUGACUCGUUCAGGCAUUACGGUAAACGCAGGCUGCGGAGCCUCUUGAGUCCGACAGACCCAGAGUUGCUCUCACAGACACGGCAACGAACAGGUUUAAAUGAGCGAUGUGCCCCAAUUGAAAUUGCAUGAGGAUCAACAGAUCUGUGGGAAGCAGAUGUCUGACAUAGGUCUCGGAUGUUAGCAUUUCCUCUGAGCGGCGGACCACAUCCCAUCUAGCCAGGUGUGACCAGGAGGCUGCCCCCCCCCCCACCUCCCUUGGAUUCCAGCACUCCUCUGACUCUCCUGACGUCAAACCCUUCAUAUCUGGAGAUUUCUUUGCAUCCAGCUUGACUCGUCAUCUAGGAUCACCUCACCAGAAGGAGAGAACCCAACCCUUGCCCUCCUUCCCCUGCUGCUAGCUAGCACCAGCAUGGCAGACAGUCGACAGCCAGAAGACGGUGCCCCCCAGUGGGACCCAUCAGGGGGGCAGGAGGCCGCAGGCAACCAUGGAGCCAAUGGCUUCUCCUCCUCCUCCGCCUACAGGACCUGCCAGCCCAGUGGGGCCCACAUGGCCACAGGACCCUACUCUGCCAGGGAGAAUGGUUUCAAUGGGGAGCUAACUGGUGCCCCCGCUAUAACUGCAGAGCAAGUGUCGGCGCGGAUCGUGCAGGAAGUGACGGCCGAGGCGGUGGCGGUACUGAAGGGAGAGCAGGAGACCCAAAGGCUGCCGUCCGUUGAAGACACCGCAAAUUUGCCUCCCUCCCCCCCCCCAUCACCGGCGGCGCAGCACUUUGGUCCUCUGGAACAAGAUGUAGGGGAUGAGGAGGAGGCGGGCCCUCUCCGCCGCUUCCAAAAUUCUCGGGAGAGGUGCAAGUUCCUCGCCCCCUCCAUCUCAGUUUCCGUGCCCGAGGACGACCCGUACCACUCCGACGAGGAGUACUAUGAUCACCCAUUGUUCAGCCCAGAGUGGACGCACUCGGGCUCUCGGCCCACAGGGCAGGCCGUGGCCUUUAGACAGAUUGAAGAAGAGACCGUGGAGGCUCUUACAGCUGAAUAUGAGGAAGAGGUGGAGGUGGAAGAGGAGGAGGAGGAGGAGGAGGAGGAGAAGAGUGCAGAAGCAGCAGAGUCGGAGGAAGCUCUUGAUGAGCAGCAGUGGAGCGGGGAGGAGCUGGAGCUGGACAGCCUCCUAGCUGCGCCCUUAAAGCAGGCAGAGGCCGUAGACGAGGCCCAGGAUGUAGACCUGGAGCCGGGCGAGGCAGCUAGUGCUGCUGCAGAAAGCUCUCUGGACAGAGAGGAGGAGGAGGAGGAGGAGGAAGCAGAGGCUGGGGGGAGCCCUGAGACAGCUUUGAAGAUGGACUCAGACAAGCAGGGAAGCGAGAAAAGUGGUUCCAUGAGCCCAGACAGCAUUGGAUCGGAGAAACGCCCAGAGGAGCCGCAGAUGCAAGGGUUCUUUGCUGGUGAAAGAGACGUACCAGAGAGCCCCACCAUGGAUAUGCCAUCAUUCGAUCCUCCCAAUGUCCAAAGCCAGGCCAAAGAAGCUGCCAGACCACUCACACUUCAGCCUACUUAUGGCGAGCCAAUCACAGUGUCAGAGAAACAGCCGUCAGUGGAGGUGGUGGAGAUCAGCAGCAUCGGUGCUCCUCCUGAUUCCUUGUCACAGGUGCCCAAAGUUCAAGGGGAAGACUCAACAAGGGACACUACAGACAGAUCUGGCAUGUCAGCAUAUUUUGAAACGUCAGCCAUGGAGGUUGAUGUGGCUCCCCAAAGUAAGGGCGAAGGCUAUUACGAACUGAGCAGAUCUGGAGAAGAGAAGAUUAUGGUCGAUGCCAGGCCUCAGGAGAUGAGUUACAGCACACUAGCUGAAGCUCAGGAUAAACCCAACCCUAAGGAAAAUAUAGCAGCAGCCAAUACGGUGUUCACAGUUCCUGACAGGAGUAAUGAAUGCAGGCUUUCCCCGGGUAAACUGGCCUUAGAGCAGAGGAGCUACUCACUUAACAUUACAAUUGGAGCAACGGAUCCAAGUGGCCAAGGCAGACCUCGGAACUUCUCCCCACUGGCCACAGAUAUCAUGUCUUACACCAGUGGAAGUCUAGAUGAGUCAGCGGACUACCUUCCUGUCACUACUACACCCUCCGUCAAUAAUCCUCCACCCCUGCCUCCUCUUAUCCUGGAGACUGCGGCCUCUGUCACCUCAGAUACCUCAUCUCCUCCAAGGACCUCUGACCCAGUUUCAAAACCCAGCACCGAACCGGAUUCGCCAGUAUCACCAGAGCCCCUCCAGGGGACCGAUAAAAAUGGCACAGUGAUGGCGCAAGACUUACCUGAGAUGCUGGACCUUGCUGGCACCCGUUCCAGACUCGCAUCAGAAAACACCGAACCAGAAUUCACCAGGAGAAAGUCAAUUCAGGCUGAUUUUUCAGCCUUGACAGAUGACCCACUGUGCAGCCUUGUUUCAGAGGAACUUGGUACUGGAGCCAGAAGGAAUGAAAGCCAGCAGGAAGAGAUGGGCUAUUGUGUGUUCAGUGAAUAUUCAGGACCAAUGCCAUCACCGGCAGAUGUGUUGAGCCCGACAAACAUUUCUCCACAGGUCUUCACCCACUCAGUCCUGGAGGCAAAAGUGGCAGAGCAAGCCAGGAAAUUAGCGGUCAGAGACACAUCUUUGGAGGACGCGAGCCAGCCGUCCGUAAUUGCCAAUGUAACUGAAGAGAAAGACCAGAGGAAUGCAGAAAGAAAAGAUUCUGCUGAAGAGAAGGGCAAGGUUGCAGAGGAAGAGUCCAAAAAAUCUGUUAGCGAGAUGCCACUGGUUCAGCCCAGUGAGUCCUUUGUGACACCAACGGUCACGGUGACUCUAGAAGAAGGCGGAAGGUCCUUUAGCGACACUGAGCGACAAGCGAGUGGCGAAGGCUCAGCGUCAGAAACGGAGAUCGCCGACUACGAGAGGCAGAUUCGCAAACUGGAGAUGGAGGACAGGCCUCUCAGUAUGGAGGAGGAGAGAGAACUGCAGGAGCUUCGUGAGAAAGUGAAGCUGGUCCACCAGGAGGCAUAUGAGGAGGUGGAUGCCGAAGAUGUGUACCAGCUGACCGGUGUGGCCAAGGACCGGAUUGCGAGGCCUGUCAAAACUUCACCCGCUUCGUCCGUCGAGAGCAUCAUCGAUGAUGAUAAGCUGCUCUCUCCAGUGCUCUCACCUUCGAAGCUUAAACAAAGAGAAGUCUAUGGUUCCCCCAAAAGAACUGUUUCACCAGUGUUAGGAAUCAACAAAGAAAAAGAGGAGUCAGAAAGAAAAAUUAGGGAAGAGCUAGAGAAGGAAGCAGCUGAGAAGAAAAUGAAAGAAGAGGCUGAGAUAAAAAUCAGAGAAGAAGCAGAAAAGAAAGAAAAGGAAAUGAAAGAGUUAGAAGAGAGGGAAAGGAGAGAGAAGGAAGAGGCAGAAAGAAUUCUAAAGGAAGAGACAGAAAGGAAGGAGAAAGAGCAGAAGAUGAAAGAAAAGGAGAAAGAGGAGAGAGAGAUGAAGGAAAAAGAAGAAAGAGACAAGAAAGAAAAAGAAGAGAGGGAAAAGAUGGAGCAAGAAGAGAUAAAAAGGAAAGAGGAAAGAGAGCAGAGAGAAAUAGAGGAAAAACUAAGAGUAGAGAAAGAGUUGCGAGAGAAGGAAGACAGAGAAAAGAUAGAAAUGGAGCUGAAAGAGAAGGAAGGAAAAGAGAAAGUUGCUGAGAUGGACAAAAAUGUUCCAGAGAAGCUUCAGGAGACGGCGAAGCAACCAGAGGAAGAAAUUGCUGGACCACCUGUGGCGAAAGAGGCUGAAGAAUCUGUGGAGGCCGAAAAGGCGCAAGAUGAAGGCAGGGAAGAGGUGCUAGAUGAUGCCGGGCCAGCGGCGGUGUUAAAGGAGAUCCCAGAAACCCGAGCUGCCAUCGAAUCAGUGGUGACAGUAGAAGACGAUUUCAUCACCGUGGUCCAGACCAUCGAUGAAGCAGAAGAGCCGGGACACAGCGUUCGGUUCUCCGGUUCACCCGAGUCUCAAGUUCUUUGUGCCGCCUCCCAGAAAGAGGAGGAAGUAGAAGAAGACCAAGAAGAAGUGGAAGAAGAAGAAGUGGAAGAGGAAGAGGAGGAGGAGUCUGUGGAGUUGGUCCAAGAACCAGACGUGGAGGCUGAAAGCGUAGAGGAGGUGGUAGAUGUUCUUGAGACCCCUGCCUCCCCUGGGAAGGAGGCUGAAACCAUAGACACUGAAGCCCCGACAGAGAGCUACGACAGAGAUGAAACCACGAUGGACGACUCCAUCCUGGACAGCUCCUGGGUUGACACACAAGAUGAUGAUAAGAGUACGGCGACAGAGCACAUCGAGCCUUUGCCCAAGGUGCCCAGCUCAGUCAAAAAGCCUGCUGUGGUCCAGAGCAAGCAUACCCAACAAAGGAAAACAGAGAAACAAGAAAAAACAGUCAAACCAAAGGCCAAAGGAGGUCGGGCUAAGGGACGAAUGUCCACACCAGAGCGCAAACCUGUCCGCAAAGAACCUGUCUUCAUCCCCAGAGAGGAUAUCCAGAAGAAAAAAGCUGUGAUCAGGAAGGCCGAACUAACCAAAUCCCCAUCCAAGAGGAGCGCAAUGAAACCAGACGCCCGCCAGACCCGCCCCACGCAGCACCACUCCUGUCCUCGCAGGAGAGCCACAGAGGGGCUGCUAGACACCCGUCAGCCUCUGAGUGUUGCCAGAAAGUCUCGCGACAGAGCAUUGGACGGCGGGUCUUGGAGCCCUGCAAAAAGGUCCUCGGUGCCGCGACACGCCUCCAUUCUGAGUCGCCGGGUGUUCCAUGACCACGAAGAGAGCUCCACCUCCAUCACCAGCUCCAGCUCCACGGCUCCUCGCAGACCCACAUCGUUUCCCACUGAGAUGAGGGCAGAGCAUCGGACCGGACGGACCCAUAGCAUGACAGAACCGGUGCGCUCGCGUUCGGCCCGCAGCGGCCACUCCACCCCGCGCACUCCCGGUUCCACGGCCAUCACGCCGGGGACCCCGCCCAGCUACUCGUCGUCCUCAAGGACCCCCGGGACCCCACGCUCCCUCAGCUUGAUGUCCCAGGAGAGGAAGGUCGCCGUGGUGCGCACCCCGCCCAAGUCACCUGCAACCACCCCCAAGCAGCUGCGCAUCAUCAACCAGCCGCUGCCCGACUUCAAAAACAUCCGGUCCAAGAUCGGCUCCAUAGAGAAUAUCAAGUACCAGCCAAAGGGAGGACAGGUGAUGAUACAGAACAAGAAGAUUGAUCUGAGCCACGUCACCUCCAAGUGUGGCUCUCUUGACAACAUCCACCAUCGGCCAGGGGGCGGUAACGUGCGUAUAGAGACUGUGAAGUUAGACUUUAAAGACAAAGCCCAAGCCAAGGUGGGUUCCCUGGAUAACGCUCAACAUACUCCUGGUGGAAGCCGCGUCACGAUUGAGAGCCACGGGCAGAUUCUCCGUGACCACGCCACAGCACGAGUGGACCACGGAGCUGAUAUCAUUGUUCAGUCACCAGGCCUGUCCAGCUUGGUUUCCCCCCGGCACCAUCGGGACAGCAACCUAUCAUCCUGCGGCAGUCUCAACGUGAUCGAGUCGCCUCAGUUAGCAACCCUUGCCGAGGAUGUCACCGCAGCUCUGGCCAAGCAGGGUUUGUGAACACUGGGCCCUCUGGAUCCCUGCUCUGCACCCAGGACAUCCUCACCAUGAUUCCUCAAAACUUCUCUACCUACUCCUGCCAACUCCCCCCCCCCCCCCCCCCCCCCGAGGCCAACACCAGCUUCCCUCCACUUCAAGAUCCAUCACUCCACUUUAAGUAGAGACUCAAAUUAGGAGCUACUGUGCUUUGUUCUUCUUUAAUUUUCAAAUAUAUGCUAUUUCUGAUUAAUUUAGUUGGCCUCUCUUUUUGAAUGAUAUUACAUUCAGUAGAAUAGUUCAGUCUGAGCACUGGUCGUAGUUGUAGUGGUGCAUAACAGAGUGGGGGACCAGGUAUUGGCUUAACUGGUCCUGGAUCAGUGUUUUGAAGAAGCUACAGCCUUUUUUUCUACAUUUAGUAAGAAGUAAUGU